GACUCAGUCGAUCAUGUGGCUUGUGGACCAAUAGCCAUGAUGCCCAGUUGUCUCUUUGGCCUGGAAGGAAAGAAAGCUGGUUGCGCUAUAGUCGAGGUAAAAUUACUUUACCAGUGCCGUGUGUCAUAGAAAUAGCUGGCCAGCUAGCUAGAUAGUUACAUAGUUACAGUAGGUAGAAGCACCUCCAGAGCCUUUACCUAAAACCACCAGCGUCUGGACUUUCACCGGCACCUUAGUGGUACAUAGUCAAUCCAAAGAUUUGGGCUGCUUCCAGCGAGCGACUCACUCAGUCAAUGCAUUGCUUGUUUGCCGCCCAUGCUGCAAUUUUGAUGUUGCUUCUUCAUGAUGGAUGUCAAUGGCUAUGACACACUGAUAUCCGUGUCAUUCUCUAAGAUGGCUUGACGUUGCAUGGAAUCCAUCAAAACGUCGCUUUGUCGGAUGCGAUGAUUGGUGCCAAGAGUGCCAGUCCAUAGCAGCUGCUCUCUCCACGAAGACGCAAUCAGCACAUUGCAUGCCAACGUUGCAACGUUGCCGGAUGGGUGGAGUAUGACUAAUUUCAGUCACGGAUCUUACAACACUGCAAUAUUAUUGUUAUUUUCCGAUUUCACCGAAUGCACCACAGGCGCUUCGCGUUUUCUUUUUGGAUCCAAACAAUCAAUCCUUGGUGCAAGAAACGAGCCUCAAAACUCUUCAUCCUUUCCUCUUGUGUUUGUCUGUUUGAUUGUUUGAGUAUACGAGAACGAAACGAUGGACGCAUCCCCUUUUCCCGAUGAAUUGGCCGAGUUCAACUACCUUCGCGAGAAGGUCUAUCGAGGACUCGAUCGGUUCUUCGCGGGGGAGCUGUUUGCUCCGCACGGUCUCCAAGAAACAGAUCCUCUCAUCCCAGACGAUCCAGAGGCACUCUCCAUGAUGGACGAUGAGACCUGUCACUUUCAAGUCUUUCUUUCUGUUGUGGCCGCAGACAUUGUCAAUGGACGCGACAUGACAAAUAGACUCGCGAGGCACAAAUAUACCAAUGAGUACUUGGAAUUGCUGCAACGCUAUUCCGACCAGUGGAUCGCGUUGAUUUCUGGGAUCGAACAGAGUCAGAAGGUCAAGCGGGAACUGGUUCCUUCUGUUCGUAGUACAAUGACGACGACGACGACGACGACGCCCAGCAAUAGUGGACCACCACGAAAGCGUCACAAGGAAACAGUCGUGAAGACAUUGAAUUCCACUAUUCACCUGGCGUUGAACGAAGUUGUUCUCAAACAAGGCUUCCUCCACUGGAGCGACGCCGUAUCCUUUGGAAAAGCCAGCAAGGAGUGCUACUCGAUCUACAAGCAAAACAGUAAACACAUUUUGCAACCUCUGCUCGAGCAUUUGGAUUCCAUGAUCGGAUCGCAUCUUUGCGACAACUGUUUCGAUGUCUUGGUUCCACAGAGCAAACGAACAUGUCGAUGCGCCUGGCGUAACACAGAUGCAAGCCUCGAUCAAGAAUAUGUGAGCUCCGGAGAGGCGCGCGGCGACCCACGAUACCAAGAUGGCUACGAAAGUUGGUCGACGAUUGCAAAAUGUCGAAAGAUGGUAACCUAUCUCGCGACGGUGGUGGCCGCUGUACGAUGUGCCUUUGAUUUUGAUGACCCAUCCAACCCCGAAAAGCUGCCAGUGGGGAUUGCACGACCAGAAUCGUGGUCGCUUGGCCGUAGUCGUCGUCAACAGUCUUGCAGCAGCAUUCUUCGCCAACACCCUCACCGCGGAAGUCUCGCACUCGUCAUAAUCCUUUUGGAACGCGUCCAAUCUGCCAUGGUUGCUGGUUGUGGGGACGUAAACUGGGAUUGUUUCGAGGAUUUCUUCUUUUUGGGAACUGGUCCAAUCAAGCCAUCUGUUUCGUUUCAACGAGAAGUGGCUGCGACGCUCGUGGGGCGCCUCAUGCCACUCAACGACGACGAACUGGUGGGAUAUCUCCGCUUCCGAGUUUACCCAUCCGGCGCAAUUCGAGCGUUGUUGGGUCCUCUCGAGCCCAAGCUCAUUGUGUCUGCGCCACUCUACCGUUGGGUUCGACCCAAGGAGCAGGUUCCCUUUCCGUUCCAACAACAUCAAUUCGCGCUGUUGCCCACUGAAUUGGAAGAAGAUGAUGACUUUGAAACUAUGAUGGCGGCGAUUGCUGAGCUAUUGAUGAGGAUCUAUCGAAACGACUACAACUGAAAAGCCGUAAACAUUUGGUUUGCCCAAGUAUUGGAUGAUGCCUUUUACAGGCUGGUUGCAAGGAUCGAGGAAAAUCAAGCUCCAGCUUGCGUUGAAGGCGUGACUUUGUUUCAAGAUCAACGAAGCUGCCUAUGUAUCUUCACCUAUUGUAAAGAACAGAAGAUGUAUUGGUACUGUAUGUGGCCAGAAGAGCGUCCACUGGAAGCCUGGAAGAAAACGCGACAGUAGAUUGUAGCAUGGAUAGGUAGCUUUUUCGAAAAAGCCAUCCAUUGCAGGCGCCUCCUCGUCAAUUGCGUUUCGAGUCACAAUGCCACCGAGGUGUCCCUCGUUUUGGUUUCAUGCCAGUGCCAACCGCGAAGUAGCUUCUUCGGCCUCUGCGGACCAGUAGAAUGGUCAAUCCUUGCUGGUUCGAAAUUGGCUGACAACAAGAUCGCUUGUAAAGGGCAAAUUCCUUUCCAGCUUGGCAUGUUCGUUCUGUUGAUUGGGGUGUUCGGGGUGUUUGGGAUUCACCAAGUUCCAUGUUGGUCAGUCAUUCAAUGAGAAAUCUCGUUCAUUUUGGUAUCGUUCAGUGAGAUAUGUUUCCAUGCGACUUAGCAAUCGUUCUUGUGCAAUUUCCACGGUUGGCAUUUUGAAUAGCUGGUCGACUCUUCCAUCGUAUCCAUUAAACGUAGCGGCUGUCUGAAUGGAGCGCAGCAUUCGAUUGCUCAUGAAUCUCUUGAUAACUCCUAGAAAUACGACAAAGGCCAUGGGACUGUGCAAACAAAACGUUUCCUUGUAUCGAACGGGAUAGUAACUAAACAGCUCAAUGAAAAUUCGUUCUUCAAACUCUAAACUGACAUUAUCGGUGGUGACACCAUCACAUUCAAUCAUGGUGAUGGCACCAGUUUUGAUGGAUUGCAGAUUGCUGGCCAUGGCUCGAUAAAUGUAAUAGGCCCCGGCUUGGAAGUGUCUCCAAUCGUCGUAGGAUUGGACUAAUGCCGGUCUGAAUUUAGAAAAAUCCACAAAGAACCAGUAUGUGUGUUCUGUGGGUAGAUAGCAG